AUGGAUCGCGGCAUCAGUGGCGCCUCCAACCUCCUCAUCUUCUACACUCUUCUCUUCAUACUCUGUGUUUUCCCUCAAGCAUUAACGUUGCGGGUGUCUUCUCCCUCGUCACCGACGACGGGGCAGAUUAACUCCAACUCAAUCUUAGUUGCACUUCUGGACUCGCAUUAUACGGAACUCGCGGAGCUGGUGGAAAAAGCUAUGCUGUUACAGAAACUAGAAGACACCGUGGCGACACACAACAUAACAAUCUUCGCUCCGACCAACGAAGCUUUGGACCGCAACCUCGACCCUGAUUUCAAACGCUUCCUUCUUGAACCUGCCAAUCUGCACUCCCUCCAAACGCUUCUCCUCUCUCACAUCAUCCCCACCCAAAUCGGAUCCAAAACCCUAGUCCGCCACGUUACCACUCUCUCCAACCACCAGUUCCGUCUCUCCAAGAAUCUCACAACCGUCGACGUGGCCCGCGUCACCCACCCGGAUGUCCUCACCCGACCCGACGGCGUUAUCCACGGCAUCGACCGCCUUCUCCUCCCCCUCUCCGUCGAGGACGACUUCAACCGCCGUCGCACCCUCCGCUCCAUCUCCGCCGUCAAACCCGAAGGAGCUCCGGAGGUCGACCCGAGAACCCACCGUCUCAAGAAACCUCCACCGCCGGCGAAACCUGGCUCCCCACCCGCGCUUCCGAUCUACGACGCCAUGAGCCCGGGACCAUCACUGGCGCCGGCGCCGGCCCCGGGGCCAGGCGGACCGCACCACCACUUCAACGGCGAGAAGCAGGUGAAGGAUUUCAUCCACAGUCUACUCCACUACGGAGGAUACAACGAAAUGGCAGAUAUUCUCGUGAAUCUAACGUCGUUGGCCGUUGAAAUGGGUCGGUUAGUUUCUGAGGGUUACAUUCUCACCGUUUUGGCUCCGAACGAUGAAGCGAUGGCGAAGUUAACGACUGAGCAGUUGAGUGAACCGGGUGCACCGGAGCAGAUAAUGUACUAUCACAUUAUACCGGAGUACCAGACCGAAGAGAGCAUGUAUAAUGCGGUUCGAAGGUUCGGGAAGGUUCGUUACGAUACUCUACGGUUGCCGCAUAAGGUGGUGGCGCAGGAGGCUGACGGGUCCGUUAAAUUCGGGCACGGGGACGGGUCGGCGUAUUUGUUUGACCCGGAUAUUUACACGGAUGGUCGGAUCUCGGUUCAGGGGAUUGAUAAUGCUUUGUUUCCGAUGGAGGAGGAGGAGACGGAGCGGGUUAAACCCGUUACUCGGACGGGUCAAUCCGCUGCAAAAGUUGUUGUCAAGCACAGAAGAGGAAAAUUACUAGAAGCAGCAUGCUGGAUGCUUGAAACCUUUGGACAACAUUCUAGAUUAACCUCUUGUCAAUGA